AUGAAGAACGAGUGGUCCACGAGUUUCUUUCAUCAGUCUCAAACACCAAAUCCGUAUCCACCUAUGCCAACUGGACCACCACACUCGACUGCUUCAUUUUUUACAUCCACUCCCUCUAUGACUUCUCACCAUUCAUCACCAAUUAAUCAGUCACCAAUGAGUCUUCAUCAACCGAUUCCUCUUCUACAAAGUCCUUUAAAAUCCUCACCGAGAAGUGAGCAAGAAUCGACGACGUUAUCGGCGCCCUCUUCUGGAGGACAAAUGAAGGGCGAAAGAUGUGUUGGAUGUGGAAGUGAAUCAGCUAUUCGUGUUCACUAUGGAGCCAGUUCUUGCCACGGAUGCAAAGCAUUCUUCCGGAGAUCAGUCUUCGAAGGUCGAGUCUACAUGUGUUCAGCUGACAACCAAUGCGAUAUUACUAAUGAAUCGCGAAAUAGAUGCCGAGCGUGUCGUCUUCGUAACUGUCUUGAUGGUGGAAUGAAUCCAAAACAUGUCAGAGAAGAACGAUCAAAAAUCGAAAGAAUGCCUGGAAACACGUGUACAGUAUCUGCCACGAAUGGAGUCACUCAUAAUGUUCCAACGACGUCAGCUGCUCCAGUCAUUGAACAGAAAUACUCAGUCACGCUCCAACAACAAGAGUCUUCUCCUACAACACUUGCCCCAUCCACUUCUUCCAGCAGUGUCACUUCUGUAUCACAACCAGCUCCAGUCGAAUCCACAACGUCUUCUGGAUCAGAAGCAGAAGUUGUCGAUAAGAAGACGUUGCAAGAGAAUCAGUUGACAUUAUUUAUGUGUGCACUGGAAAAACAAACGGAGCAGUUAACAGAUGAUGACGUCAAGGAUAAUGAUGUGAUGGGGGCAUGGAGUCGGGAUAUUAGUCUGACGUUUGGUCUGCAACACCCCCAAAUGGUUAUUAAGAGGUUGCCGUUGAUGUACACGUGUGACCGGAUAAUGGAAGCAGCCGAUCUCUACCUUUCCUGGUAUCGAUCAUUCGUUUUCUGUGCAGAUUGGGCGAUGGGAAUUCCCGAGUUCCGAGUACUUCCACUCGCCGACCAAACGACGCUUUUUAAGCAGAACUUCAUGGCAUUCGGAUGGAUUACAUUCGCCUAUAAAUGCUUCGAAUUAAAACAACAUGGAGUCGGAAUUCCACUUGGAAAUGGAGCAUUCAUCCCAUAUAAUGACGAAGAACAGAAGAAACUUCCCGAACGAUGGGCGUUGACUUAUGGAGUUGUUUGCAAGAAAUUGAUCGAUUUAAUAGUGAAAGUGAUGAUUGAAUUGCAAAUAACGGAACAAGAAUACUGCCUCAUCAAGACUAUUUCACUGUUUCAGCAAGACUGUAUCCUAUCUGAACCCGGAGCCGGAAUCUGCUCCAGAAUGCGUGACCGUCUUCUAGAUGCACUUUCAACUCACAUCGAAAGAAAGUUCCCAUUCCAAACUCAAAGUCAACGACUGACAAGAGCUCUCAAGAUCUCACUUAUGUUACCUAGUUUCUCGCAUAUCGGUCAAGUUGAAUCCACAUUAAUCCAACAACUCACUGCCGCCGAUCUCCAUCAACUCAGUGGUGUCCCUAUGGAAAUUUGUACUGCCCAACAGUCGCUUUAG